AUGAUGCGAUUUAGUCAAUUUGUUCUCCUGGGCGUCUUCCCAAGCGUACUACUUGCACAACAGACAUUCGAGUCACCCGACUUUGAUAUUACUGCUGCAUUAUUGGACAAUGGUGUAAACGUCUUCGAUAUUCCUGACCCAACCGACCUAUCCAAGCGAACCAGUUCAGGCUCAUGUUCGGUUGCUUGCAGCUCUCUUAAACGCAUCUUUGGUGAUGCGAAGGUCGAGACUCAAGAAGAGACAGGCUACGGCGUAGCUGUGAACUACUUCUGGUCACAGCAACAGCGCGAAGCACAACCGUAUUGCGUCUUCAAACCCGAGGAAGCACGCGAUGUGUCUACUCUCGUUCUGCUGUCGCGUCUUACUCAAUGCCCUUUCGCAGUAAGAAGUGGAGGACAUGCAGCAUUCACUGGAGCAUCGAGCAAUGAUGGUGGCAUCACUGUUAUCUUCGAGCGCAUGAAGAAGAUCACCCUGUCGGAAGACAAGAAGGUUGCUGCCAUUGAACCUGGUAGCCUUUGGUACGACAUCUAUUCGACUCUUGCCAAGGACAAUCUCGCGGUGAUAGGCGGCCGCGUCUCUGCUAUUGGCAUCGGAGGUCUCACAACAGGAGGCGGCAUCUCGUUCUUCUCUAACGAAUAUGGCUGGGCAUGCGACAAUGUCGCGUCUUUCGAGGUCGUUACCGCGUCGGGUCGCAUCGUAAAAGCAAGCCAGAAAUCGUACCCAGACCUGUACUGGGCAUUGAGAGGUGGCGGCAAUAACGUCGGCAUCGUCACGACCUUCAAUCUCGAAACUUUCGCUCACGGCCCGUUAAUGCUUGGUGGACAGAGAAGGUUCUUUGAGGAAAGCUUCCCUGCUGCUAUCGAUGCUUUCGUGAACUUGGGGUCGGACAAAAAGGCCGAUCCAAAAGCUGCUCAGUUCUUGGCCAUCUUCCUGGAUGCCGCUUCGAACACAAAGAUCGCCGUUGCCGAGCUGGAGUAUUCUGACCCGAUUCUCGACGCUCCAGUCUUCGAUGAGUACCGCGCAGUCCCUGCCUUCCAGGACACCUUACAAUUGAAUACCCUGGCCAACUUCACGCAAAUGCUGAACGACAGCAACCCCAAAGGCUAUCGAGACUCAUUCUGGACUGCUUCAUCCAAACUAGACUACGGGAUGGUCGAAUUCAUGUUUGACGCCACCUUUGAAGAGUUCGAGAAGAUCCGAGAUGUUGCCGGUAUCCUGCCUGCAAACACCUUUCAGGUCAUCACCGUCGCACAACUCACGCAGAUGCAGAAGAAGGGCGGAAACGCACUAGGCCUUGUGCCUUCCGACGGUCCGAUUCUCCUCAUAAACUUGAGUAGCCGUUGGGACAAAAAGGAGGACGACGAGCGUGUGUUGAAGGCGAACGCCAACAUCGUCAGGAAAAUGGAGGCCGAGGCGAAGCGCAGGGAUAUGGUCAACGACUACAUCUACAUGAAUUACGCCAGUCAAUUUCAGAAUGUCGUUGAGAGUUACGGGGAGAGUGCGGACAAGCUGAGGAAAAUCGCGCGCAAGUAUGACCCUACUGAGGUUUUCCAGAAGCUGCAGCCGGGUUACUUUAAGCUGCAGGGGCCGCCAAAUAAGAAUUGGCCAUGA